AUGGUGAAUGACGUGCACGACGAGAGGAGGAGGCUUCAGUGCGACGACAAUGAUGUGCUAUCAACGAUGAUGCAGCAGCAGCAGCUUGUUGGUGGAGCUGCCACUAGGCAAAGCAGCGGAGGGAUUCGAUAUAGAGAAGGCAAUAUGCAGCCAUGGGCUAUUCGUGUUGGCCCCAAACCAUUGGGACCCAAUCUCCCGCUCCUUCUCUCGCCCUUUACGCCUCACUUCUCCUCCUCUUACAGUCAUGCUCCGCAUCUCUCAGCCACCCACUUCCUCCAGCCACCCACUUCCUCUUCCACUCUCCACCUCCGCGUUCAAGGUACCUGUUCCCUCUCUCCAUCGCACCGUCACUCUCUUUUAAACCAGGUGACCAGAAUGCUGCGGUUGUCGGAGUCCGAAGAAAACAAGUUGAGGGAAUUUCGAAGCAUUGUCGAGGCAUUACAUGGUGAUGAAGAAUUAGCGACCGAGUGUUUGAGGAGUUUCGGUGGGAGAGUGUUCAGGUCCCCUACUCUGUUUGAAGACAUGGUCAAGUGUAUACUUCUCUGUAACUGCCAGUUUUCGAGAACUUUGAGCAUGGCUAAGGCACUUUUUGAGCUUCAGUUUGAAAUUGAACACCAAAUUCCUGGUGUAAAGGCUGAAGAUUACUUCAUUCCAAAAACCCCUACCGGGAAAGAGUUGAAGAGAAAAUUAAGGGUGUCUAAAGUCUCCAUGCGUUUAGAAAGCUUCCUGUGACUAGCAAAAGCAGAUAAUUCAGAAUCGGAUCUUCAGCCCUCUCAAGAAAUAGAAGCACCCUGUGACUACAAAGGCAUGGGAUUGGGAAGCUUCCCCAGCCCCGAAGAACUAGCUAACCUUGAUGAAAGUUUUCUUGCAAAACGCUGCAAUUUUGGGUACAGAGCAGGUAGAAUAUUAAAACUUGCGCAAGGAAUUGUCCAGGGCAGUAUUCAACUAAAGCAAUUGGAAGAAGAUUGCAAGGAAACAAACUUAUCCAGUUAUAAUAAGCUAGCUGAGCGGCUGCGUCAAAUUGAUGGGUUUGGUCCUUUCACAUGUGCACAUGUGUAUGGGGUUUUACCAUGUGAUUCCAUCUGAUUCUGAAACUAUCAGGCAUUUGAAGCAGGUUCAUUCAAAAAGUUGUAGUAUAAAGACUGUUGGAAGGGAUUUUGAGCUUAUCUAUGCAAAAUAUGCACCAUUUCAGUUCUUGGCGUAUUGGUAAGUCAUCUAACAACUUUGCUCUUGCAUACUGUUGCUAGCUCU